UAUCAUCCGCCAAACAGCUGUUAGCACAAAAUAAACAAAAAAUAUCAAUGUCGUUAGUAGCAGAUUAUAGCGAUUCGUCCGAAUCUGAUGAGGAUAAUACCAGCCAAUCCUCCGACAGCGACGAUGUCAAAUCACCUCCCAUGCCCGACGAAAAGCCGACCUCCAAGUUGCCCAGUGCCAGCCAGGUCCUAGCCCAGAAAACUGGCAAGGGUGAUGUGUUCAGCAAUCCAUUUCUAGAGGCGGAGCUUCACAAGACCGCCUCAUUGGAGCGGCAUGUAAAAAUGGUUACCAACGAUGAGCAUCUCAAGCAGAAGAAUGGACGCAAAAUCUGCUGGAACUUUCGCAGAGGACGCUGCCGUUUUGGAACUAGCUGCCAGUAUGCUCACGAUUCGGACUUGAGUGUUGAAGGACCGGGAACUACAUCUAAAACGGUGGAUCCAUCGGCUGCCUUAGCUGGUGUGUCCAGAGAAGCCACCAACAGCAAAAAACGAAAACACCCCGGACUGGGUGACUCCCUGGAGCCGGGAAAGCGGGUUAUAAAGAACUAUAAACAGAACCAGCCGCAUCGUAACUAGACUACGCCCGCUUCUGUGAUCUGCAGCAGGCAGGUCUCACCUACUGGGCCAUAGGUGUUUGUGAUUACAUUUACCAACCGAAUGCCAUCAUCUUGACUGGUUGUACGGUUGGUACGGUCAGAGCCUUCCUCAUCAUUCGACUCCAUUGGCAUUUCCAGGGAAAGCCUCAACGUGCACACAGAACUCCAGUAGUCGCCAAGCAUGGGUUCCAACUGCCUCUUCGAUGGCGCCUCUUGGCUUCGGCCGUCGUCAUCUUCGCCGUCAUCAUUAACAGUUUCUGAUAGGAAUUUAAAAUUAUAAUAGACGUAGCGCAUAUUAAAGUCUUAAAUAUAAAGUAGAAA